ACCCGGCGGCGGCGCCGCGCGCAGGUAUUUCAUGGAGCCUUUGAGCUCUAAUAUCGCUGCUCUCUGCAUGAUCAUCUGAGACCAAACGAGCCAGACACAGCCAUGGGGGACUCUACAGCAAAUGCCAUGGAUGGAGGCAUGGACACACAGACUGAACUGGUGGAGAGGGUGGCAGCCAUAGAUGUGUCCAUUGUCCCAGACAGAAGUGACCAAAAUGGUGAAGACAAUCCUGAAGAAAAUGACACGGUCUUCUCUGAUGACGUAAAGGACAUCCAAAGAAACGGAGUCAGCAGCGACAUGGGAAUCAAUGAAUUUCUGCCUUCCCAACAGUCUGAAGAUGCUCACUUGAGACAUGGUCCCAAGAGACCUCUAACUAGACCUGGUCUAUCAAGUAGGAAGUUGUCCCUUCAGGAGAGAUCAUCAGGAGGUUAUUUGGCUUCGAGCAAUGCUCCAGGUUGUGGUCCUUAUGCCACAGGGCCAUCACCACGGAUAAUGAGGAGACCAACAAUAGAGUCCAAUCGGGUCUCCAUAUCAGACUCUGAGGACUGUGUGCAAUUAAACCAGUACAAGCUGCAGAGCGAAAUAGGCAAGGGUUCCUAUGGCGUUGUGAAACUGGCCUACAACGAGAAUGACGACAAGUAUUAUGCUAUGAAAGUCCUCUCCAAAAAGAAGCUCUUGAAACAGUAUGGAUUUCCACGUCGGCCUCCUCCCAGAGGCUCCAAAGCAUCCUCCGGAGAGCAGUCCAAGCCCAUGGCACCCCUGGACAGAAUCUAUCAGGAAAUAGCCAUCCUAAAGAAGCUGGACCAUGUCAAUAUUGUUAAGCUGAUAGAGGUCCUCGAUGAUCCUGCAGAGGACAACUUGUACAUGGUGUUUGACCUCAUGAGGAAAGGGCCUGUCAUGGAGGUGCCCAGCGAGCAGCCCUUCAGCGAGGAGCAGGCUCGGCUCUACUUCCGUGACAUCGUCCUGGGCAUCGAGUACUUGCACUACCAGAAGAUCAUCCACCGGGACAUCAAGCCUUCCAACUUGCUCUUAGGAGAUGAUGGGCACGUCAAAAUUGCUGAUUUUGGUGUCAGCAAUCAGUUUGAAGGGAACGAUGCCCAGCUUUCCAGCACGGCAGGGACACCAGCCUUCAUGGCACCGGAGGCCAUCUCACAGACUGGCAAGAGUUUCAGUGGAAAGGCUCUGGACGUGUGGGCCAUGGGAAUCACCCUGUACUGCUUUGUUUACGGGAAGUGCCCUUUUAUAGAUGAAUAUAUUCUGGGUCUUCAUAACAGGAUCAAGACCAAGCCUGUGGAGUUCCCAGAAGAAGCACAGAUAAGUGACGAGCUCAAGGAACUGAUCCUGCGCAUGCUUGAUAAAAAUCCAGAAACAAGGAUAACAGUCCCUGAAAUUAAGGUGCACCCGUGGCUGAGCAGGGGCGGUGCGGAGCCGCUGCCUCUGGAGGAGGAGCACUGCUCCGUGGUGGAGGUCACCGAGGAGGAGGUCAAGAACUCCGUGAAGACCAUCCCCAGCCUGCCAGCCGUGAUCCUGGUGAAGGCCAUGCUGAGGAAACGCUCCUUUGGGAAUCCCUUUGAGGUCCAGACGAGGCGGGAGGAGAGAUCCAUGUCUGCUCCAGGGAACCUGCUGAUAACACAAGGGAGCAGAGAAGCAGCCAGGGACCCGGAGCUGCCCGACGUGUGCGAAGACGAGGCCGCGUCCUGAGCCCGCCCGGCUGCCGUGGGCUGGCCGCACGCGAGCUGUCGCCGUCGUGCCCAUCGUGGUGUCGUGCAGCACAUCACCCUCAUCACCCAGCCCGGGGCCUGUUCAGCAAAACCAGAACCAGACAACACCCACCAGAAACGGACGGAGCCAGCGAGCCAGGCGGGAGGAUCGGAGCAGCACCAGGGAGCAGAGCGAGCCCUGGGGCRGCGCGGCCGUGCCCCUCGGGCUGGGUGUCUGUGGCUCCUCCAUGUGUGCCUUGCUCUCCACUUGUGCUUCACCUCGGGGCUCUGUUGGGGGUCUUGGCCGAGGAAUGGGGGUUUGUCUCAAGGGUCCUUUUCCCCUGGAGACUUUUCCCUUGUGGUUUUGCGUUCUCUGUUUCAAGCAUCAGGAAAGAAAAAUGGUAUCGGAGCCAGGUUUUAUGUCAGAGRGCAACUGUUUAAUUUAAUGCACAGGUAAAGCACUUGUGUACAUCAGGAGUCCUGYUCCUGGUGUGGAGUUGAUGGCGAAAUUUCUUUGGUUAUCAGUUAAAUAAGGAUGAGAUCUUGAUGUUGGAGUGAACACUGUCCCUCCCUAUGCCUUUCUUUCUCUUUUUUCCCUUCUCCCUUUAUCCCUCAGUUCUGCACCGUGUCAGUCCUGUCCCCAGCAUGGCUUUGGUCAGGGCAGUGCUGUAAAGCAGAGGAGUCACUCAGUAUCCCCUGCAUGUGCAAUGAGCCUUGGAGUGUCACAGAGCUCUGGAGCAUGGGGAUAUGCUGCUGCACACAACAGCUUAGUGCUCCAGGGAYAUCUGCCAGGGCUUCUCUUCCUAAGGAGCUGGGAAUGCACCCCAUCAGCUGCACCCACUYCUGCACCCAUGGACCUUGCUCUCCAGCUGAAAAGAGCGGCAGGCUUGGGGUUUAUUUAAUUUCAUUUUCUUCUCUUCACUCAUCUCUUGUGUACCUGAUGCUUUUAAACUUUAAUUUGCUGAAAAUGACCCAAACUAGGAGAGAUUCCUGGGCUGGAAAAUGUUGGAGGGUUUUUAGAAAGCUACAGAGCACAAGUUCACAACUUGAUCUUUUGAAUUUUUUUUAAAGCUUUAAUUUUUAAUUUUAUUUUAAGACAAUAAUUUUUAUGCAUGUGCUGAUGCUGCUAUUUUAUCCAUAGAUUGCUUCUAAACUUGGGGUUAGAAGCUUCAUCUCAACAGUUUGACAACAGGUGAGAGAUUGCACUUAAAAAGGCAAAUAUAAAAAGGCACAUACAGCCAUUUCUGUGGCUGUUGACUGUACAAACUGUUUGGAUAAUCAAGAAUUUCACUCUUCCAUUCAGAGAGUGAAAACCAAUGACAUCCAUCUGUCAAAAUAUGUCAUAAUUCUCCCUUGAGCUUUGUGGGGUCUGAACAUGCCCCUGGGAAGCCAAUGGGAUUGGAAUCUUAUUUUAUAGUACUUAAGAAAGGACAUGAUUAAAUUUGGUUCCUACAUAAUCAUCUUACUGUCUGUUUUUAGGUUAAUCCUGAGGACUUGGGACUUUGUUCCCUCAUUUUUUUGUGUGGGGGUCCACAUGUACAAGGGUUGUUGGUAGUGACUGGUAUAUCCUGGUGUUCCUGUUCUCUUUGCUGCAAUCURAUUUGGUGGUUCCCAACAUUUCAUAGCUGGGCUUCACUGUUGGUGCCUUUUGUCUGUCCCCAGCCUGUCACCUCCCCUCACUCAUCCUCAGCCACCUYGGUGGGAUGCCCAGCAGUCACCAGCCUGGGCUCUGCCUCGCAUCUCACCUGUAAAUAUUGGCAAAAUGGGAAAUAACAYUGCAGCUGCUGCAUUUAAUGAAGGAGGCCUUUGAUGUUGAAAGCUGGCAAUGGUGUUGGAUCCUGUAAAGGUUCCUGCUGUGGGCCUGAGCCCUGCACUGCUGCAUUCAGGUGCUAAAUCCUGCCUGUUUGUGUCUGCACCAGCUGUGAGCUCAGCAUCCUCUGAGGAACCUGGUCCUGCACCAAGAGCAUGCCCUGAUCCAUCCCCAGCCCAGGACAUGGGACCUUCUGCUUGGAUCCUGCUGCCUUGUAAUGAAGAUUUAAGUUCCCAGAGAUGGAGUGAAAAGUCUGAGAGCACAGGGGAUUCUGCCAAUGGAAAAGACUGUUCAGGUGUGCUGGGACAAAGUACUGAGGUGCCACCGGCUCCUGCUGGACACCAGGGACCAGGCUGGGCAAACUGUCCUCCAAUUUGUUGAAAAGGCAUCUUUGUCCAGUUGGUGUCCCCAGGGCAGGGCCAGGAAGUGACCCUAGGACAAGGGUACAUCUCAGGAAGACCCCUUAUCCCUGUGAGAAAAGGGUCAUCAUCAUCCCUGGGUCAUGCUCAAAGAGCUCUAAAUAUGGGGUUAGGUAUUACAUUUUUAAUCUGUGGCUAAUCCAGGCAUUUGGGGUUAUUUUAGUGAUGCCCAAGGCCUGGGAACUGGUGGGACAAGGCUGCAGAAGRGCUGUUCUCAGCCUCAAUUAAUGCAACCAAACUAAUGAUAAGUUACAAGUUAACUCCAUAUCAUGUUCCUCUAGUGGCACCUAAAGCAUAGCCUCAGUUUUGGAGGGGGAAUGGAUGUUUUUUAUGGUUAUCUCAAAAUCUACUUUGAAAUAUUUGCCCUUUCAGCUAAAAGAAAUCCUGGAGCUGUUCCCACAGGUCCAAGAACCAACCCGAGUUGUACAGCUGAGCUCUGAGCUCAUGUCACACCUUGUUUCUUUAGCAAAUCUGCCAACAGUCUUUCCUUUAUACCCCAGAAAUCACCCCUAUCUUGUCACAAACAGCAGCCUGAAAACUUGCAUGACRUGAGAUGAAAAAGGUGCCCUGGCAGCAGGAGAAAUGCUCAGARAGGCAAAAAUAGGCUCUACUGAAAUCCUUGCUUGUUUAUGUGCAUGUURGAGUAGCUCAGAGCAAGGCUGGUUCUGCUCUGAAGAAAAGAAGAGACUGAAGAGAGAGGAUUUGUUUGAGAAUAAACAUCCCCGCCAAGGCAGUGCUUUUAGCUCUUGGGUAAAAUCGUUCUCUUUAGCUGCAUGGGUAAAUAUUUGUCUGCUCCUCUCUGUGAUGGAGGAGAUGGGGUUCAGGAUGAGCUCUGCAGAGCAGCGAGCAGACCUGGUGUAGCACACUCGUGCUAUGAUGUGUACUCUUUUUCCCCUCCAAAUCCUCACCUGUGCUGUUCCUGAACCACUAGGAUGCUCUGGCCUGUGUUUGCUGGGCUCCUCUUUCCCACACCACCAUUGGAUCUGGUCAGCUUUUCCAAACUCCUCCAAUAAGGGGAAGAUUUCAUUGAAGGAAAUUUCUCAUUUGGGGGAAUGGCACAUCUUGAUCUUCAGGAGRCAGAUUUCUUUGUCUUACUCAAUUCACGGCUCUAGGCCUUUGGUUUUAGGGGAUAGUGCUAAAUAAAACUCCUGGUCAAGUCUCUUCUGUCCUGCACUGAGCAGUGAGUGCACAGUCCAUGUCUUCAACCCUUUGGGCUGGAAUGUGUUGCAGUGACUGUCACCCUUGCAAAUGGAUGAGGUUUUCAUCAGGGCUGCUGCUGGGGAAGCUGACUUUGUGUAGGUCUGCMUCCWGAGGRAGCCUGGCAGGGGACAGUGCAGCUKCUCCAUGCAAAACAGACUCYRGCUUGAUAAAACAACUUCCAGGGUGGAAUCUCAUUCCUUAUUUAUUGCCAGACUUGCAAGGAGRAGCUGCUGGGAGAAAUUUCAUGUUCCUUCAGCACAGCUCUGAGUUCCCAAGCCUUUGGCAGCACUGCCACRCAGGGAAUUUCCCCAUUUGUCAUGUGUGGCUGGGAGCUCAUUUGCUCUCCCCAGCUCAGUGCUUCCCCUCCCAUCUUGCCCAAAACCCCAGCAGCUUUGUCCCACCAGUCCAGGGGCUUUGUCCCAGCCCCUCAGAGACGCAGGCUUCCCCAGGGAGGGGCAUCUCCCUCCAUUUCCAAAGGCAGGAGAGCUGUGCUGUGCUGGGGGAUGCCUUGGGGAGUUCCAGCACCUCUGGCGUGCAGCAGGGAGAUUGGAAAGCAGAGAGUGGAGGGUUCGUGUGGAAAUAGGACUCGGUUUAGGCGCCAAACUGCUCGGCUUCAGCAGGGCACAUCUGCUGUGGAGUUUGCUGAGCAAAGCAGUGGAAGGCGUUCAUUUCUGGCCCUGAUCCUCCUACACCAGUCCAUGCUCAUUGAGUUCCUCCAAGGCUGAAUUCACCUGGACUAUCCCAGGACCCUGCUGCUCUGAUUGCAGCCUUCCACGGAAUGGGGAAAGGAAAGCAGCUCAGCAGCCACUGCCGUGCUCCUUCCCUUCCUGAACAAAAGCCAUGUCUGCUCAGAGCUGCUGCUGCUGCCAGAGCCCGUGWCAGUAACCACAAGCCAUCAAUCCAAGUGUUCCAAAAAAAAUGCUGUAAAUUCAAGAAAAAAUAAAUUGCGACUUUGGAGGGUAUCCUGCCGAUCCUUUGUGACGUGAUCUUGCUGCUGUUUCUGAUUUCUAGGCCUGUUCUGUUGGUAUUUCAGUCUCUUGUUACACUUGCUGUUGAACCCCUGGUCCUGGAUGUGCUCUGCUAUGAUUCCAGCAUGAUGUAAAUGCUCUCAGUACUGUGACAGCGCAGGGCUGUUGCACUGUAAAUAUGUACCAUGAAGAGAGAGGCUAUUUUUUGCAUGCUUUUGUACUGUAGAACUGAUGAGAAAAUGACAAUAAAGUCCACAGAGA